CCAACCCGCUGCAACAUAAUCGCAACACCAACUUAAUUUCAACUGCAUACCGUCUCGUAUCUCGUCGUCGAACGUCGUCUUAAAAAAUGCCGUCAGCCACACUACUAGGAAAGCGUAAAAGCAUAGCCGCCCAGCCCGAGGCGAAGAAGAAAAAGCGAGUUGCGGAGGACCUUGAGGUCAAGAGAAAGAAGCAGAAACUCGCCAAAAAGGAGGAAAAGCCCGUGAAGAAGGCAAACGAAGAGGAAGAAGAGGAACAACAAGAUAUCAGCGACGCGCUUUCCGUUUUCCAGCGCGCCUUUGAGGCUCGGUUCAAACCAAUUGCUUCUGCUCCUGCUACCACUACCACAACAAAGGCCGAGAAAUCAAAGUCGACCAAAAACAAGACAAGGAAAGCCCAAGAGGAUGGGGACGGCGUCGGUGAUAAUUUGGACGAGGACCAAAUACUUGAGGACGAUGAUGCGGUAGAUUCAGGCUCGGAAGACGACUCUUCCGGCUUAGAGGAUGAGGAGGAUUAUAGUGGCAGCGACAGUGAAGAGGAGGAAAAGGAUGAUGAGGAUGCCCCUAAGGUAAUGGUGGUGGACUACUCAAAGGACCCGUCAAAGGUGGAUACGUCCAAGAUGUCAAAGAAGGAGCUAAAAGCUUACUUGUCCUCCAAACCCCCCAACGCCAUCCUCGACUCCAACUCCCAAACAAACGGCACCAAGGCCAAAAAAGACAAGGAUGGUGAGGGUGAGGACAGCGCCGCAUUCCUCGCCAACGACCUCGCUCUCCAGCGCCUCAUCGCCGAGUCGCACAUCCUCUCCGCCGCCGGCGGCAACGCGUCGCACUACCUCUCUAGCGCCGCCGCCGAAACCGAUAAGAACACGCGCGCCUUCGCCGAGGGCCGCAUCCGCAAAAAGACGACGGACAUGCGCAUGCAAGCGCUUGGGGCAAAGGGCAGUGUGCUGGAGCAGGAGAAGAUGCCGAUGAACAUGCGCAAGGGCAUCAAGAAGGCGUCAGAGACGUACGAGCAGAAGAGGAGGCGGGAGGCCAGGGAGAAUGGCAUCAUCCUGGAGAAGGCGUCCGGCAAGGGCAAGGGUACUGUGAAGAAGAGGAGUGGAGGAGACAGGCCGGUGGAUAUGCCUGGUAUAGGAAAGAUGAGGGGCGCACAACUUACCAUCAGUUCAAGAGAGAUCAGGAGUAUGGAGAACUCGGGACCUGUCGGGAGAGGAGGAAGGGGAAUGGGUGGAAAGGCUAAGGGCGGGCAUAGGAAGAGGAGGUGAGGAGCGCGUUUUGGGCCUGUGCCUCAUUGAUGAUUCUUGCCUUUUGGGUCAGGCGAGGUUCUGGUUCUCACCUGCGCUGGACCCCCUCUUUACGUCCUUGCCUCGUGCUCGCCGUGGACGGCAUGGCCGGGAGGACAAGACAUCCCGGCGCGUUUUACAACUGUGUCAGGCGAUCAUAUUUGAGUCGUUGUCAGCCUGGUGCCGGAUGUUUUGAGCACAUGCUUCCACACCGGUUCGGAAGGGCUCUGAUACAUCUUGAGCCUUUCUCGCAACUAGCUCACCCUUGGGCAGGCCUUCAAGUUCCCUCGGGCAUCAGUCUUGCUGAGGCCACGCUGCAAACAUUGUGGAAAUGACGCAGCUACCUCUUUGACUCAUCAGCAUUGAAGCGCAACCUCAUGAUUCGAGAUGGUGGGCGACACUUCGAUGCAGGGAGCAAACACGAAGAGACCAGUCAGUCCUUGCUAUCAUCACGACGGAGCAACGUUCGUGAAUCAACUUUAUAUGCAAACCGAGCACCUACCCCAAUAGCUACAAUUCAGUCUAUGUGCGGACAGCUCAUGACCAGUUACGAAGGUCAAAUUCUUAGAAAGAUUUUCUUUUCUCUCUUU